AUUAAUCUUACUUCGAAUAAAUCAUCGUUUCCUGGCUAGAAGAGAACAGAGUCCGGCGGAUCGUCUUUGUUGCAAGGUUGGAAAUCGUAAGAUUGCUAUCGCGACAUUCCCUCGGCGUUGCCGGUGGCGUAGUCGUUGUCGUCUUUUAUUUCGAGGGAAAUUAACGACGAACGGGCAAGUAAUUGUCGGCGGUGUUAAACCGCUGCGGAACGUAAUUACGCGGGGACAAAGCAACGGCAAGAGUAAAUACGGUGAUGCAGAAGAGGGGAGAACGAAUUUGUCACGGUGGUUUCGGGGCUCGACGAAACUUCUUCCACGUGGUUUUCGUCGAACCCUCGGCACCGAGCUAAACCGUCAAGUUUUCGAACUUCGUUGCGCUUUGCCGGUGAUGGGCUGCCCGAUAACGAGCACAACGAACGUUGCAUAAUUUUAAUUGGAUGUUUUGUCCGACACCCGCUAACGGGAUUACGUGUCAGGAAUGAUUUUAUCUGAACGUUCGCUUUUUAACGAGUUCCGCCAAUUCUAUGACUAGUUUCAUCGAAAUCGGUGAUUUGGAAAGUUCGACAAAUUUCGAUGAGACAUAUGUAUUUCAUUGCGAAUUACGUUUCAAAGAAGAUACUUCGUGACAUGACAUGGCAUUGUAACAAUGCAACCACGAACUGAUUGCAUUACCUUUUAAUCGUUUAAAUAUUCCUCGUUAAAUUCUGCCGAUAAUUGUUUUGUUUCGGACGGCACGUUUUGUAUAACACCAUUGAUUGCGCAAUGAACAACGAUUCGAAACUGCAUCUUCUGCGUAAUUCAGUUUAGAAUGCAACGUCUGACUUUCACCGAUGCCUGAAAGUACUUACACGGAAGAAGAUAAUUCUCACUCAGCGUGCUGUAUCUUAAUACCAUGGAAAACGCUCGUCAAAUAAUAUGGGAUAUUAAUUUGCACACACGAUGUUGCGACUUCUGUAGCGAAUAGGAUUAUACGCCAUUCCAGUAAAAUUUGCUUUAUUAAAUCAGCACCUAUCCGCGAAGCCAGUGCAACAGAAGUGUUGCUUUCUUCUUUCCCCUUUCCUCUUUCAUGGAACAUCUUCAAAACAUUGAAUCACAUUUUGUAAUAUAACAGCUUAGUACUGUGUUUCAUUUCCAUUUGGUUUAUUAGAUGUUAGAGAAAGUUCUUCGGGCUUUUCUCCCGGAAAUCUAUUCGUUCUUGCAUAAUGCAAGAUAUUACUGUUGCUAUUCAAGAUAGUCUCCCUCGUUUAAAAAACUUCAAUCUCGAGUUAAUCCACUGUACGACGGAGGAUAAUUGCAAAUACGUUAAAUGCAUUAAAGAAACAUUCUCAAUAACUAAAGAGCUCUCAUUCGCUGGAUUUAGGUAUCAAGAGAAGCAAAUUGUUAUUCCCUGGAUAUUUCUGUUACCCCUAAACAGAGCUCAAAAAGCAACAGUGCACUCAGACCGCUAAGAAACGCUCUGUACACAGAGUAAUUAACCGCGAGUAAUUACUCGUUCCACGAAUAUGACGAAAUAGCAACGGCGAGGAGCGUGCAGCCCCGAAAGUCCUAACGAUCGCGAGAUGCACUUAUUUCGGGAGAAUUAACGAGUGUGGUACAGUGAAAAGGGACGAGAGAGGGGUUAGAGGGUCGGGUAUGCAAUUUAAUCGUCGUGAAUUAAGCGCCUGGGGACGUAAUUACGUGUAGAACAAAGCACUGGCCCUGCAGUCCGCGGCGAAGUAAAUACGGAAAUAUAAUGGUAUAAAUUUGUCGCGAGCUCGCAACGCUGCAUCCGUUAUCGGCGCGCAUUGCCAGGGCCCGUGCACCGACUACAGGUGGGGCUCGCGAGUGCAAUUUAAAAGUCCAUUUGUUUCUGGAUAACGUCAGGAAACGCCGACGCCACCGGUACACGAAUUUUACCUGAAAAAUAUUGUACCUGAAAAUGGUGUACGUGGUAAUACGUAAUCGGCUCGUUGCAUCCGUGAACGAUGAGUUAAAAACGGUGGCCUCGAGAAGAGAAAAAACAAACAGAAAGGACGAAGAAUUUCGCGAUACCCAGUUCCGUUCUUGCUAGACUCCAAGAUCCAAGAAAUAUCAAAGCGACGAAUGAAUAUUCAUAGUAUUAAAAUUAUACUAGAAACACGCUUGUUUAUUCUCUCUAUAUCGAUUCUUUAGAAAUUUAUUUCGAGGAGUAAAAAAUUCUUGUUCGCUUUAUUUAUAAUUCAAUCAGUCGCGUUGGAACUUGGACACGCGUACUUUGAAAUCAACUUCGUAGAAAAUCUAUGAACGUCCAAGUUAAUGAAUGAAUACCUUGCUUCGAGUGGCAAUCAAAUAAACCAUCUUGAAUCACCUUGUUCUAGCCGUGUUACUUGCCAAUUAAGUAAAUUAUUGUUGAUUCCAGUGGCACAAGGUGUCAAUUGAUUUGGUAUAACGAAAAACCUGUUACACACGCGUUCAACGUCAGAUAAUGAAUAAUUGAACGGGUCUUUUUAUUUCUGUUCUUUGGAAUAUUUCAAACAUUUUCGAUAUAUCCGCUCCAUUUUAUUUCCAGAGACACCCGAAAAAAUUGAGUCACGCGAGUCUCCGCAACCAGACGUAGAGGUCGUUGCAAAACGGGUUUUAUAUAUUCAAGGACGAAUCAUGCUAGGAUCACUAAAGGAACUUAUUAUUCUUCCAGUAUCCACAGUGAGUCACUCAAUUCGACCACCUCAAAUUAUUUUCAAAACGUUUCAAAGAAAUGUUGCGAUGCCUUUGCUCGUGCAUAACGUACACGCUACCAUUUUGCUCGCGAGCUUGCAGAAUGCGGUUUGGGUGCCGGAAAUUGCAAGGCGUGAAUUUACUACCUUGCCCUUCGACAGUUUGACUGAGUACACUUUCCGGUAGAACGCGUCAGACGAUCAGCUAGUGUGCGAGGUCUUCUUGCAAAAUAAUCGAGAAAAUUCGUGGCGAAAGUAAGACGGUUGUUAAGCGUAAAAUUCCUAUGAACCUUGUUUUUGCAAAAUUUCAAAGUCCCGCGCAAUUUAAAAGAGAAGACCUUGAUGAAUCAUACGCAACGAUCUUCGCCGCACUGUCCUUAAGGAUUUCGCAAAUAUUCUACGUAAACAAGCGUUCGUAUUAAUUUCACGGUGAAAUAAAUCUUACCUCCUGUCAAGAACACCAAGAGAAAAAGAGAGAUCGCGUAUGCUUAUUAGCCUAAUGACAUUUAGUUGUGGGGACGUUGCGCGAUGUCAAGAGAUCACGCAGAGUCGGCUCGUUUUGUUCCUAUGACAUCUUCGACCGCACGAAGCGUAAUGUUUAAUGUAUGAAUUAACACACGACGCGGUGCACGGAAUACAAACGGGCCUCGUUAAGAUGUUAUAAGGAACGCGGGGCAGAUUUUUGCUUGAAAUCAUCGAUUAAUAUGAUGCACGAUUGUUCUCCAUCACGGUCGACUGUAAACAUUAACAGCUCUGUUUAUUAAGAUCGUGUCGCUGCGAUUGGCUAGAUGAUCUCUUAAUACACUCGAGUGAAUGCAAAAUCACCUUUAUCGAACGGAAGUCAAUUAUAAUCUGAAAUACACUAGUGAUCGUCGAGAUAUACUAAUGGCUGAUUAGUAGUCGCAUGCUUGGAAGAUUUUGCGAUCAACGGAGACCUCUUGCAAAUUCAGAGUUUUGAUUAUUCCAGAAAAUUUCAAUAAUCGAUGGGGAUAAAAAUAUUAUAAAAUAUAAAAUUUGCGACUAACCAAUCGUUGAGUAUUUUCGAGCGUUUUCGAUUUCCGCUAGUUAACGAAUUUACCUGAACAAAACAGCACGAACCAGCGCAACGGGUCAGUCAGUUUUUCCCGUUGCUCGUCGAAGCGCAGCUCGAUUCGACCGCGGUGACAUCGUUGACACGACAUCACACUAAUCUUCUUUUUGCUGGGUUAGCUACGACCCGGCGUGUGUCAUGCUAGGCUCGCUAUAUUCAUGCGGUUUUCCUAUGCUAGCAAAAUAAAAAUCGCAAACAUGUGCGAGGAAAAAGUGAAAAAAAAAAGGGUAAAAUAUGGAAAAGAAAAUAGAGGGAUAUAAAACGAGGAGUGAAGAAUAAGGGGUUGCGCGAGGGAAAGUAGAUAAUGGAUCUCGCGUCCGACUACAUACUACUGAAUUGUUCCCGACCAAGACGGCGGCACAACCGAACGACAAUUCGAAUUUCCAUCGCGCUACACGGGGCGUAUUUUUUACAGAAAACGCGUCCCGUCGUCCAGUUGGCGCCGAAACCAUUGAUUAAAGUCCGGCGCCGACCCAUUUUUACACGCCUCAACCUCUCUGUCCCACCGUCCCUAUAUUUCUCUUCCCUCGUCCUUCUUACUCCACCGUUUCCCGUAUUCCAGCGUCCCUUUCUAUCUUUUUACACCCUCUAUUUUCGCUUCCGAGCACGCCGCGAGUACGCGCGAACUUUUUGGCACGGAGACGCGACCGCGUUAGCGCCGCCCCGAUUGAGAAUCGCCGACACCACUUGGCUUCGACCGAUCUAUAAACUCGUGACAUGCCUCUGCGAAACGUCUCGAUAAAUUAUGUAACAUAAAUGUUUAAUACAAAAAAAAAAGGAAAUAUUCCGUCCAUGAAUUGCUAAACGAUUUUUUAAGAGUUGCAUUAACUGUUGCAAACGCUCUUCAAACGAACAAUCUAAUUUGCACAAUCGCGUAAUGAUAUUUGCUCUCGUCGCCAAGGUUUCUACGAAUCGCGAUGUUCUUUAAUACCGCGACAGUGGUAUAAUACGUAAUAAGUUGAAUAAUGUUAAAGAAACGGGACAGCAACACCGAGAUACCAUUGAACAUUUCCAUUUUGAGAAUGAUAUCGAUCCUGAAUUUGUACCGCUACAUUUAACAAGCACCGGCGAGCCAAAGAUGCGUCGUGCAAUGAUAUACGACAUGCUUGAUAAACAGUCCGUUAAAGUAGUAGUUUCUGAAACUACUCAGACUAUCCGAUUCUUCUCUAACUGCAUAAACAACACAAUAAACGUCCCUCUUGCUCUUUCCUCGCGUGAUCAUAAAAAUUUGGAUUUCGUUCAAAUUAUAGGGGAAUGUAUGUGGCUAAUUGAAUUCAUGCAAAUUUAAAUAUUUCCAGCUUACAAACGUUCGAUAAUACCUCCGUCCUUCUGAAUCAAUUAAUUCUAUUUGCGAAAUGAAAAUACGUCACGUAAAUACCGUAACAUAAUAUUGUGUUUACGCGUUUUAUUCGAUAACGAAGUCCGAAAUCGAAAUUUAUGUUACUCUCCGGUUGCUCUGAUUGCAAUUGAUUAACGCACCGGCUGCAUCGCGAUGACUAUUCGUUGUAUCUCCGCAGCUUGAUACGCCGAUGAACGCUUGUUAUUUACGAUUCAUUUUUCGUUCGCCAAGUGUCUGGAUCGUUGAACGAUCCUCGCACAACGGAAGUCGAAAAGGAACGAAAGGCGACGCGUUAAAGAGGCUGAAUAAAGGCGACACGUUGGAAGCAUAGUACAAGUAAUCCACCAUAUUUCGCGGCCAUAAUGGUACCGUCACAUACACGCGAGGCGAGGCAUGGGUGACUCGGGUGUCGCGAUAUCGUCAGCUUUUAUUAUCGGUGCAAUAAAAGCCUGGUAACCGAGUAAUAAUUUAAGACCCGAGCGUCGUUCGCUUGGAACCGCUUUUGCCGCCGAGAGUACGCGUUCAUUGCCUCGUACCGAACGCGUUGCCAAUAAGCUCGAACCUGCGAGUCCUUUCCGCUUGUGUAACGCGAGAUCGACGGACUUUUUUACGAGCUAUUCCUCGCUUCGCGAUGCUCUGAAACGGUUUGAAAUCGAACACGACGAGGCUGGAUCGUGAAUCGAGUACGCGGUGCCUGUGACUCUCGCCAGCCUGUUAUCUCGUUCGGGAACGUCCGGGAAAAUGAGAAAAGUUGAGUAAAACGGUGGCUGAUUUCCUGUUGGAAAACGUAACCAGUCCGUGUUUGUGUAUAUGAACUUGCACGCCUUGGGGAAAAAAACUAAAGUGCGUGAAAUUCAACUUUCAUUUCGUUUCGUCCAACGACAGCUCCAAACAAACGGGAUAUUAAAAGAAACGCUUCCGAAUUCGAGGGGUAGAUAUUUGUAACAUCUUGUAGGAUAUUAACGCGAUACCCAAUGAAGCAUUAAUAGGUCUGCGAACGGAGUUGCGAAAGUCAGAGGGGCCUUCGAGGGAAAUCGAAUCAUCCGAAGCUUCGAGUCCGGUUCCAAACUCCCCUUAGGUUUCCUCUCUAAUUACCCUUUGGCUGCCAUAGCAGGAAUUACUGGUCCGAGAGCGGUAAACUUUCCAAAAAUGAUUUAUCAUCCGGCUAUGGUGUUCGCGGAAUGGAAACGCUUUUGAAGGAUCGUCGAAAGUUGGUCUGGUGUACGUCUUUGUUCUCCUAGCCGCGAAAGAGCUUACUCGCAAGUUUUCCGUGGUCCCUUGGAUGGAAAUCGAUCGUCGCCGAGGAAGGACGUUUGAAUAAGUGUGGAGGACGUAUUGUCGAAGCCUUGGAAGAAUACGGGAAUUGUCGUUAGUCCCUCUGGUAACGGCUGAAUUGUGUUGCGAAGAGAUCGGGAAUAGAUAUGAGGUUGGACGUUCGUAGUAACGAGAUUUUCUGUUAUCGCGUCUCAGAUAGCUUUUUCUUAUUCUUAUUCUCUCGUCCCGCGAGCCAGCUACUGCAAAACGGAUACCAGUCUCGAUGCAUUUCCGCGUAGCUGCGUCGGAUGUGAAAUAGGGCCGAAGGUAAGGAUAACACUGUUACCUCGUGCUCCUCGAGGAAAAGUGGAUCCUUUAUUCACGCUGUCUGCGGUGGACCGUUCGAGUUUUCGUUUCUUGCCAACUGCUCGCUCGUUCGCCCUCUAUUCUGCCUAUUAUUCAUCGCUCGAUGCCUCGUUACCAGUGGUUUUCUUCUUACUUCCUGUCCGUCUGCCGCGCCGUGGCAGAUCGAUGGGCCAACAAAUUCGAGAAUCGACGCUACCGCGGUUUUACGAGCAAUUUAAACGGUGGAAUUACGGUUAAAGAUAAAAGGAUACGGUACAUAUCGGAUCCGAAUCUUUACAGACACUCUGUACACUUUUCUCCCUUUUUUAUCAACCGAUAAUGGUACCUCGAACAUACAUUCGAGCAAAUACUUGGCGUGGCAAGAAACUGGAACGGAAACCGAGCGGAACGUCGAAAACGUAGGAAACGGGGGAAGGUUUUUUUUGCCCUGAACGGGGUGGAAAAAUCGUCUUUGCACGUUUUUACGAGACCGGAUCGAAGUUGCGGCCCGCGUCCCGCAGCGUGCCGUGAUACGGUCGAAGGGUUCGCGUUUUUGCGGGCCCGUUUUUCCGAUAAUUAAUGUCCGUCGGUGCACCUCCGGUGAAACGUGGAUGGGGGACAAAUGCGAAAGAGGAGGCAAGGCCAGAUUAAUGAUAGUUUUACUUGCAGCCAUUGUAAGAACGAUGGAUUUGACGCUAUCGCGGCUGCUAAGGAUGCCAGAGCGUGGAUUGAAGGAAAAUUUAUUAGCCGAAUGGAACAAACUUGCCCAACGACCAAGAUUUAAUAUUCAACUUUUCGUACCGUGAAACUUUCAAGGGGAAAUUUUACCGUUUUAUCUUGGUGCUUGGCGAAUCGCCUGGCAAUUUCGAUAAAAUCUUGGUCGCUGUUGCCACUCGAGACAAGCCGGGCAACGAUUUUAAAUCCAGGCUUUAAGGAUGCGGUUCCAGAUGCGAUCGAGAACAAAGUUGCGUUCGCAACGAGCUACCGUGAUUCCUUUUACGACUUAUAAAACCGGCACUGAUCUAAUCGUAUCGAGGAAUAACGGUAUAAAAGUGGAACGCGCAAACAUCGACUGGAAUUUAUCAUUUGAUUUAGAAUAGCGCGAAACUCAGUCAAAUAGUGCUGCGUUUCGCAUCGAAAUAUUCUCGAUACGUAGCUGCUUGCUCGAGGUAACCGCUAUAAAAGUGACCUCUUCCUACUUGAAAUUCUUCCUUACUCUUUGCUUCUUUUUCUUCGUUGCUAUACUUUGGGACAACAUGCUUGCCAACUGGUACGACGACCUCGCGAACCGACCGUACACUCUACACAAACUGACUCGUCGAAAAGUAUUUCCUCAGGCGUGCUAGCUAACUCGAGUUAACUAACAGUGACGUAACAUAAUUUCCUGCUUACGUUCCGCCCUCUGAAACAUCGCCAAAAUCCUAGAUCUUUGAGGGAAAAUUGUGACCCAGAGGUGACUGCGUCGAUACAUCCAAACGAGACUCAAUUCCUACACUCGUUAGCGGUAAAAGCUUUCUACGUCCAAAGGGAGUGAAUAGUUAAUUCCAGUGUACUGAAUAGCAACCUCUAUUAGUAACAAACGCAAGAAAUUAACUCGGGGGCUUAACGAUACAAAAACUGAAUUCGUUAAAAAGAAAUUCAGACGCCCAUCGCUUUUUUCCUUCUUUUUCUAUUUUUCCCAUUUUCCCUUCUUUAUCUCUCUGUUUCUCCGCUUCUUUUUCCAUCAACGAUGCAACAUUGCGACAUCGACUCGAAGGAACGCUCCUCGAUCGAUACCUGGCACUGUUUAUUCUUGCUCUACCUCCGACACGCAGGAAAAAGCGAGUAAGGGAUGAUGCAGGGUAGCCGAGGGGGUCGUUGCAAGAACGUCGAGACCCGUUCCAGGUGGAGUACGGUAACGAUAACACGGCAGGACUGCUUAAAAUCGAGGACGAGAAAAUCGCGAUGAUUCUCGCGCACGUAGGAUGCACAGCUCGCUCGUGAGAACGAACAGGAAGCGACGUGGUAGCAUCGAAGAAACGCAUUUCCGUCGAGACCGCGGAACGUUCUUGUCGCGACGGGAUUUUCACCCACUCUGACGCUUGUUCGAGCGAUGAAAAACGAACGAAUCGUUGGCAACUUCGUCGCGAAGGGCUCUUCUUUAUUUGUCACUUACAUUUUCUAGACUGUUUGAUAGAAUGCUUAAAAUGUAACAGAAAUUAACUCUCAAAGUUGAAACCGGUGAACCAGAAACGCGAAUAUGUCUUCCUUGGCUCUCCUAUGUUCGCACGUUAUUCCUGAAGAUUUACAUUCAUUUCAAUUAAGUGUCCUUUAGCAAACUAGUUCAAAUCGACUCGAUCCUAAUCCUGCCUCUUGUUCGUGGACGUUUCGUUUGCAUAACCUGACCAUUGUUCCUCGCUUUACAUGUAUAAUAAGAAAGUCGUAAAAAGAAAUGUAUAAAAGAACUAAGGGACUCUGCGGGAGAAGAAGUCAGGAAAGAAAAUCCUUCCUUAAAUAUUCAUUAGUGUAGUAAAAUAUUAUGAAAUAUGAAAAUGUGAGAAUGUAUUAACACCUCGCGAUUUCGUUGUUCAUUCACAAUGGACCAUUAUUGCGAACUUUGUUACAAGAUUAAAUAAGGUUCUAUUAUUGUUAUUGUUUCACGAUAACCCGUGCACGUCGAAAUUACUCUAAAACAAUUCCUACAAUAGGGACCAUAAAAACAGCUCAUCAGACGCGCUUUGUAAUCUUCCAUUACUCCCAUCAGCAUCCUCCCAUGUUCACCCUCAAAGCGUAAUUCUUCAACGAAAAGAGCCCCGUCGUUCCCCGUAAUUCGUAGUUCCACGAGGCAAUAUUAUUCCAGCUAACUCUAUAGAACGUUUCGUUGACGAAACGACACGUAAAUUACAACACCCGCUUACAACACCGUAUCCCAAGUCGACGACGAACCGGUAUAAUAAUAUGUACUCAUUGUCCACGUGUUCCUUCACGCUGCAUUCGAAGCACAUAUGACCGGUCUAUUACGAAAAACCAACGCCGCUCGUCUUCUUAGAAUACGUUAGUUACGCAAACGAAGUGGCUCAAAGUGUGUGCUUUCUCUAAUUAUAUCGUGAGUGAAAGUAGUCAGGUAGUUGGUAUUCCACGUGCAAUACAGUUAAUAAAUAUUCAAACGUUUCGCUCGAGAGACCCUUUCCCUAUAAUCGUCUUUGAAAAUUGAAACGUUUUAUUCUAGCAUAUUAGCAAAUUGCUGAUAACUAAUUGAAUCGUGGUCCACGUAUCGCAGCCGCUCCUGCGAACUAGUGUGAACACGUUGUAACGGAGGUAAUGGCGGUGGUCGAAGUCACGCGUGACCAUCUGUUCGGCGAACGUUGUACGAUAUAAUUUCUGCGGUGUACAACGGGCCACAGGCUUUGCUGAAUUCUCACGAGCUAAGCGUAUUAUCAUAAGCCAUAAGGCGCUUAUCGAAUUGCUGGUCAAUGCAGUUACAUACAUCAAAAUUACGCUCCAUGCAGCUGGUUAAUGUUCGUAUACGUAUCAUAGGCUCGCCGGUACUACAUGAAAGAGGACGAAGAAAUUCGUGAAUACGAAGAAAGGAGAAAAUGGAAAGAAAUAGAUGACACGGUCGAUGAGAGGAUGAGGAAUGAUAAAGGCUCGAUAAGAAGCGAGAAUGAAAUAAGAAACGUUUCAAGCGUGAAGAAGAUCGAGAAAGAGAGAAGAGCGUUCGUUUGGCGAAGAGCAAAGAAAAGAAACAAGAAAAAGGAGUGUUCAUUACGCCCUGAAAGGCUGUCGUUUUAAGAGCAAACGAAUAGAAAUAGUUAACAAUGAGACAGAGGCGACUGAGAAGCGUAGCUGAAAGGAAGGAAAAUUUGCACUAGCGAUAUACCAGUGGGAAAGAAAAGAUCACAAAUUAGAACAUCCUACGUUUAAUUUAAUGGCUUCCAGUGUCCGCGCUCCCUUUUCGCGGGCAGAAAGUAGAAUUAGCCUCGAAACGGUGCUACGAUUGGUAUUAAGCUUCAAUUCAUUCAGAGUAACAGUACACGAAAAAUUAAAUUUACUUUUUAAACAGCUUAGCUGGUUUGCAAAAUGAAACUACACACAUUUUUCUGUAAAAGUACCAACAGCCACGCGAAUCGUGGUAAUAAUUCGAAAGGUUUCAUCCCGGCCAAUAUCCAUAGUCGUUUCGCUCGCAACAAUAUUCAAAGUGCCGCAAAGAAAAUUCCAAGCCUGCAAUCGUACGAGAUUUCCAUCCAUGGGAUAACGUUUAUACGAAUGGAAGAAGCAGCAGUCGUGCUCGUUCCCCACGAUUCUCCGGAACGAUACUAACGAAAGUAGUGGGACCGUUUUCAACCCCCUCGGUUUUAUUCCAUCUACGAGACGGCCCGCCGAGCGCCAGUUGAAUCGUGAAAUUUCAUUCCCGACACAUUUUAUUCGGCUGAAUCGUGAAAUUUCAGUACGACAACACACGGUCGUCAGAGCGACGAGUACUGAUUUCGCGCCGAGCCGCGGAGAAUCUCUGCUCGAGAGCGAGAGGUGUCGCGAAUCGACGCGGACGUUUCCAUGUAAAUUGCCGCGAAAAAGCGUAAUCCUUGAAGAGGGCGAGAAAGAGGAGAAAAAAAGCGUCGAUUCAAGCGGAUGGUACAUGGUCGAAACUUGGCGUUCGAUAUGUAUUCACCCACACGUCGACGACACCAACGCGAACUGUCCCGUUCGACAAUAGGGGAAACUUCAGCAUUUUUGCCUUAUGCAUUAUGGAGAAGUCGGUUAUUAGACGUAAGACGAAGGUAAAGAGAGGCGGAAUCCAUUUCCGAUAGCCCUAGCCCGCGUGGCCCACGAUCGGCCCAUCAGGGAUGAUUCUCUUCGAACAGAGAGAGAGAGAGAGAGAGAGAGAGAGAAAGAUCAAGGCAGUGUACGCGAUAUCGAAAUACCAACGAAACCUCUUCUGUCUCUCUUCUCCGGCUGGAUAUGGAUUUCCAAUUCAGCCAGAUAUUUUCAAUAUCGUUGUCGCGUCUAUGGUAUUCGUCGUUCUUUCCACCGUGUCCCUGUAUCCCGUGGAGGGACAAGGAAACUUUCGAACGAACCUUGACUACUUGCGAUGGGAUUUUCGAUGGAUUCAGGUAAUUCUUUGGGAUACACUUGUUUCUGCUUCUAGUUAGAAUAUAGUUAUUACUUUUCGAUGGGAUGUGAAUUUUUUAGCUGGAUCAAGCUAUCGUAUUAUCACCACUAAUAUUAACAGGCGAAAAACGGAAUAAUCGAAUUCACGCGAAUAUAUCCGAACCCGUUUCAAGGAAAUAUCGCAUUCCAUUAUCGAUUCAAUUAAAGUCAAGAGGCACCGGCAGUGCCGUUAAACGAGUUGCUCGAAUUUGGCGCGAGGUCGCAACAAGAAACAGGCAGCAUCGGAAAGAAGAAAUCUUCGCGUGGAGUGCAAAGAUCGUUGGUGGAAAAGACGCAAUCAGCAACGUCGUCGAAUCGAAGCCAUCCUAUCGUCGAGACAGAAUUAACGUUCUCUCGCAGCUAGAUAAGGUUUAACCUUCCAGCAGGAAAGAAAAGAAAGACAGGAAGAAAUAGAGGGAAAGGUUGGAGAAAAGAGCAAGAAAGGUGAACUAGCGAGGAGAGGUAAAGGGAAGAGGAAACUGCGAGAAACUUCAUCCCGUGCUGCUCUCCACCGGUUUUCGAGUGCUUUACGACGUCUAACCGGAUAAGUACGUAACCAGCUACCGUUCUCUAGCUGCACUAAAAGUAUAUAUCGUAAAGAGAACACCUCUGCCAGGAGUUAGGUGUCCUCCAGCAGUUCAAUCAACUGUACGCCAGGCAACAAACCACUGCCGUUAAUUGGAUCGGAGCUCCAAGUCCUGGCUUUACGAGGCUCAAUCGCGUACAAUUAUCCGACCUGCAUUUCUAGAUCGGUCUUAGCCACCUUUGACCCUCUUCUCUAUGUUUCCAUCCCCUUGUUCCCUUCAUCCGUGCUCCAGUGACGCGGAUUAGGAAACGCAACGUUUCGGAUGAUUAACUAAUUUCGUCAAGAAACGCAGGAUUCAAGAUCUGUACAAUUGUUUGAAAAUUUCUGUAGAAACGAUGACACCGAAGAUCGAUUUUUCUUUUCUUCGCUAACAAGGAGCAAAAGGCGAAAUGUUUAUUACAAGAAUUCAUAAAAGACUCGCAACAAGCUGCUAUUUAUAAAUUACGUACCCGUUGUUACACGCCGUGGCCAUUAAACGUCAGCUAAACGAGCUUUCCCCAAGUUACGUCCGUUCGCGCAGCUUUCGAAUCAUUUUUUUCUCCCUCACCGUUACUGGGGUGGCGAACGUAAAACGCCUAAUUACGCCGACGUGGAAUUAAAAUAUUCCCGGUAAACGUUUAAGAAAGUAAAAUAGAGAAGUUCCCAUCGAGCGGCAGCCUUUAAUUAGAAGUUAGUUCGCUCGGCAUCGCAAGUUCGCGUUCCGCGCGUCUUACGCGCCUGUUCGCUUUAAACUUUUCCCUGUUUUUCCCCAUCACCUUCCUUCAUUUACGUAAUAAACUUCCUUUUUAUCUGCCGCUUUGACUUCCUGCCGUUUUUUUUCUGUUUACCCAGCCGAUGCGAAACGUUUCGCCGGGAGAGUCGAGCGUUUAUUACCCGAACGCUUCCGCUUCGUCUUUCCUUUUGAUCGCUAACGGUUCGAUUGCUACAGACUUGUCGGAGAUAUCUUUGAAAAAAAAAAGAAGAACAAGACGCCGUCGACGAGUCAAUCCCGUUCGACAUAAAAAUCUAGCCGAGAAAGCUUGAAGCGUAACAGAAAGGAACGACGCUGAUAACUCCAGAAAACUCCACUUCAUUCUCAGAUUGUUUUCAGAAUAUGGCAGCGCGGUCGUUGGAAAGCGUAUUGCGACAAAAUUUUUUAUAACGCUUAAAAUUUAUCGCAUCAUCAGCGACGUCGUGUUCCUGGUUUUAUGAUGGCAGCACAGAACGGAGUCGUUAGUUAGCCGCGGAUGAUACGUUUUAAACGCGGCGCGUAAACGCUACGCGAAGUACGCAACGCACGCUUCAAAAAUCAUUUGCUACUGUGAUAAAGAGGUGAUUAAGAAGCGACUGUUGCAGAGUAACGGUAAGACCAUUGUUUAGGGAACGGUUAAAUUUCUUAUUUCCAGAAUCUUACAACUUUCCUCGCUUCAAUUGCCUGUCCAAGCAUGACCACGAUUAUUUUCCCUCGUUCCAAGGGAAAAAGGUAAAACGCGUCAAGUUCAUAAGCCAUCUCCCGUCGGCACGGUGUAAGCGUAAAGCGGAAUAAACGACGGCGCUACGUGUCCGUCCAUGUGCACCGUUAUACCCUGCUAACUUCGUCCUGCCGAGGGUCCUUUAUGACCGCACCAGCGAAAGAAUAAGCCGUUUCUGUUGAUGCGACCACGGUGUCAUCUUAACGUUCUUUCUCAUUCCUCCUCCCUCCCUGGCUAAGCUCGUAAAAGAUCCCAUCGCGAAUCGUGACUUUGCUGUUGCGCCCCGGAAAAUAGCGGAGAAACCUCAAAACCCCAUUGACAUCGUUACGCAUUGAACGGAGUGAUUGCAAAAGUUUAUUUCUCUCGUUAAACGACAUCAUUCCGUUUCGUGCCGAGUCGAAAAAGGAACUGAGAAGAUGUCGCAAUUGGCAUUGCAUCGAAAUAACAAUGAUUGCAAUGGAAAUUCGUCUUUCAUAGACGAAAAUAAGUCCCGUGCGUUGCCGACUUUCCGGACGCAUGAUGUACCACUAUGGAGGACAAGUUCAUUUCUUCCAUAAAAACCAGGGUUGCCUUUAUCUUACGUAAAAUGUUUUAACUGUAGGAAGUAUCGUUUUUGCUACGACCCUCCAUUUCCGAAAAGCUAUACAGAGGCCUCCCUUACCUUGACGAGUGUAGCAGAGUGGCAAGAAAAACGAGACACCACUCGAACCUCGUCACUACCCUUUAUUUGCCACUUAGCCUAACCCCUUUUACCCGUCCGACGAAUGGUCCCGUUGAAACACUAGACGGCGCCACUCUUCUUCGCCUACCCUGCCGCAAGCGCUACUCAAGCUUAAGUGUGGUCCACGCGUUGUGUGCGCCAUUUUAUCUGUGCGAACUCGAUGUGCGAAGAGGUAAGGGCUUGAUGAAGUUGCGAACGAAGAGGGAAGAGUCUUUGCCCGAAAUUAGUACGCCUACGAUUUUGAAUUUGUCCAAUGUAAAAUUAUCGAUCUAUGCGUUCCUGAUAUCUUGAUCGUUGUUUGUAGAAUUGAGUAAUGAAUAGAUUGUAAUUGAGACAAGUUGGGAAUCGUAUAAUAAAAUGGAGUUCGGACCGCGUAAAAUCACGAUGAAAUCACAGUAAGACUGGUUUAUGCGACCGAUAUCGUAACCUGUCCGUUCCCUUCCGCGGCAAUUAAUUACGAGACUCGUCGGCCGAUCGGUAUCGUUUUUAUUUAUGAAUCGACCGGUCCUUUUUGCCAGGAUGUAAUUUAAUAAAGCAAUUGCCGCGUUCGGUUUGCAAUUCGUUCUCGUUGAGAUUUUAAUCGCGAAACUGAAUCUCCACGGAAGCUACCGUUCCAAGAAACAUCGUUAGAGACUUGAACAAGCUCUAUAAAGUUGUUUGCUGGAUAACGGGAAACUUGUGUAAUCGUUAAUUCGAAAUAACAGCGAAUACCGAGUGAUUCCAAAUUUUUCUGCAUAAUUUAGUAAGAACAAAGUCGACCAAGUUUCGUGCUCGGAAUAUUCUAGGCAGUCUUUAUUCAGACGGGAGCAUAGAGAAAGAAUUAAAGAUACCUGAAAUUACGUUUAAUGGAUGCUUUACAUUCAGACCGACUACCUGCCGUCCUCGGUCGCCAGAGAUACGGUAACUGACAGAAUACAAACACGUUCGCGCGUGUAUCUAGAUAACGCCAUUUUCAGAGGAAACCUUGCCAUUUGGAAGGAAGACACGGUCAAUGUUAGCAGACGUCACAUCCGCUGUCGUAUCGCAGUCAGUUCCGGUAUCGUGGACUGUCACGAUCGCUAGAGCGGUUAUAAACACAUGAUCUCCCGGACCUGCUCCGCUGCCCGGCCGUGUCUAUCCAUCUCUGGAUGCAUGCAUACAGCAAAUUACAGUGCCCGCAAGCGGAAUUGUGGGUGGCGGACCUGUGCCUCCCUUCAUCUCUCCCUCCGCGCCCCUUUUCACGAAUGGACCGAAGGGCGCCACUAGGUUGGAGUAGUGGGAAGGUGGGAAGGGACUUGGUAACAUCCACUUUGCCCCGUGGCUUUGUAUUGGAUCGUUAACGACACCCCUUCCUGUGUACCUUCUGUUAUCGCCCACCGUUAUCCGCCUUACUCUGCGCCCUCUCCUACACCCCCGACUGCGGGAAAAAAAAUUGUAUGCUCGUGAAAUGAUCGACGAUGGGUUCGUUAACGGAAAACCAAGCUGAAAGAGGAGCUGUAUCGAUGAAACUUUCAAUUGAUGUAUUUACUUUUUUAACAUCGAACUAUCUAUUAUAACCAUGAUAAAUUAUUCAAAAAUUUGUGAAAUAUAUAAAUGCAUAAUUAGGAUUGAUGACUAUCCUAAUUAGACUACAUCGUGAAAAAAGGGAACACUGAUUUACAAGGGAUAUCUUUGAGGAUGGAGUUGAACGAGGAUCGAGAGUAACGGAGAGCACGUAAUCGACGGUAUUUGCACCAGGACUUAUAGUUUCGUCUCCUUUUGCUAACGAACCGCUCCGUAGCUGAGUGGUCCGGCAAUCCUCUCCCUCUCGAGAGAUCUUAGAUCCGCAUGGAAACGUGCCACUUCUGCGCCAUGGAAAUCCUUUUGUUUCACUUGCUGAUUAGCGAUCCGUUGGACCCGUCUCACCACGGAUACGUCGUUUGCGUGAUCUCGCAAAUGGAUUCGAUAAACGUUUGCUUCUGCACGAUGACGCGAUUCGUACUUUGAAUCCAUUAUACCAUGGAAGAUGAAUUUUUAUUCAAACUAAUGGAUUUAACGUUUUACAUCGUACGAUGUAAAUUAAUUCUUCGAUAAUAGACGCUAUUAAUAAGUAUUAGCGAGUGACACUUUGAAAUAUUAGUUUCUAAAUAGAAACUUUCUACGAUCAUCGUCUGUCUAUCGAGCAUUCGAUACGUUUAAUUUUCCAAACCCAAUUUCGAGAGCAUAUUUUCCAGGUAACGGAACAAUAAGCGGGUAUUGAAGGGACGGAACAAAACCGUAGAGGAAACGAACUGGAUUUUUGACAAGGCACUCCCACGGCCGCCGACAAAAUAUAUAUUCAUUUUCCUAUUCAACUCACGGAUAAUUGGUGCGAGUCUGAGAGUGUCUGAUACCGAUUCCCGAGUUCUCGCGAGUCGAGUGCAACGGACGUGUAAUAAAUUCCAGGUUUACCUAUUCUGCUUGCGACAGGAAUUAUUCGGCGAGCUCGUAGGUGCACGAUCGAUUUAACCGUGGGGGAUGAAAUACGAGAGACGCGACAAUUCGUUGCGCCGAUUCGGUAGUUCCUCUGCUAUUACCUGUCGAUUCCUCUGUGAUUGUUUCGCCAACCUUUCUACUCUCCCCUCGCGCCCUGCCCCACUGGUUCGAAUUAAAAUUUCGAAAGCCGCAGACCGCGUGAUCAAUAGCGCAAACCUUGUCAAUUUUCGAAAUCAACCUUUUCGAUUCUCAACAUCAAAAGCCGAAACUGAAUUCCGUUUCCCGUUACAAAGGAUAAAGAGCUUUCAAUUUCACAAAUACAGAUAGAUAGCACGUUUUGCCGAUUCUCGUCUCGUGUUUCUCUGAAAUUUCUUUUAUCGGGUCGAGAUUAGCAAAAGCGACCCUCUGCUGGUAGCAGGUUUGCACCAACACAGAUGCUUCAACGAGGUCAUCCUGGUAGACCCAGGUGCUUACCCUUAAAAACACCGUUGUCCUCUUCAACGGUGCAUCAUGGACGCGUUAUCUGCCGACUGCUUCAACGAUCCAACGAAGGGAACGACUGCAGAGAGGCGAAGUUAAGUCGAGUCCGUGCUCGAAUGUCUCUGACGGGAGCGAGACGAGUAGUUAAUUAACACCUCCCGUUACCCUCAACCUGCCCCACCACCAAGUGAUACCAUAGGCAGGAGCAGCAGCAUUUCCCACAGAGUACCGUAGCACUGGCAAGGCUCUCCUCGUAGAAUUCACCGACGCUGGGGCUUUUUCAAAGCUUCAGCCCGGUGAGAAGCUAGAAAAGGCUCCUUUCUUUCCCGGCCGCAUCAUUUUUUUCUCUUUCUUCGACCAACGACCGACUGGUAAUUAAGACACUCUCCUCUCGAGCAGGAUAGUUGCAAGCGAGUCCUCGGGUUUCGUGUAUUUUUAAUUUAGAUAGCGGUCGCCUGCUCCGAGAACUUCUAUCUUCUCGGUCGAGAACCACCGUAACGUGAUCCGUUUUUGAUAAAUGAUUCUCUGCUUCUGUGCUAAGAUAAUUAAUUGGACCAUCGAAUAAACGUGAUGCUUUUUAUUAUUAUAAGAAGUAUGAAACGAUGCAGCGUUUAUGGCAAACGCACGCUUUGCAUUUGAUCGUAUUUCAGCACGUUCUCGUUGCAUCCUCGGCCGGCUGAAAUUUUCAUCGGUGUUGACCGGUAUGCCAAAGGAUUCGCAUCGUGCUCGCCUGGAGGCACGUCAACCAAUACGAUACCGCUAAUAAUUCCGUGAAUUACGAGCUUAGCUCGAGCCGACCUCUCAUUUUCAAAGAGCCUCCAGACAUGGCUGUCUCGACUCGACAGCGUUUGCAUAAUCGUACCGAUUCGAACGAAUCGUACGCGUUCAGACUCUAACGUUACUGUUGAAAAUUUCAACCCUGUGAUAUUCGAACAAUGAAUACUUCAUUAAAUUUCAAAAUCAAGUUUUUCUCUAAUAACAUUGAUAAAGACAGUAACACGAUGUAAGGGGUAGGCCGGGAAAUAGGUAUGAAUUUGACGACGAUCAACGAUACUGUCGACCAAUCAUCGAGUCACGGGGGUUGUCGAUGGAUAGUCAUUAAUUAAAAGCGGAAUUCGCGGGAAUGAACCGGCAAUGAACACUUGACCGAUCGAGCGGGUCCGCGGAACAUCAUCCCGAUCGGUUUGAAGUGGCCCUCCACCCUUGGUUCCGGAGAUGCGAGCAGGGUCGUUCGAGGGUGAGACUGGAAGAUCUUGCCAGCGAGGGUGAGCUCACCCCUCGACACCCCCUCUUUCGUUGGCCGAGCGAUCCGAAAACCGGCCGGACAGCCCUACAAUUUCGAUGCCGGCUCGCGGCCCUGUAAUUUGAUCAAUUAACGCCGUACGGCUCUGCCGUUCGGAUGCCAGCUCGAGCAGAGGGGGUGACUGCGUGGUCAGGGGUUGCCGGGAAAUGCGAGUUCUCCCUAUUCACGUCCUCCUGUUAUACCCAACGAUUACGAUCCUCGAUCUCGAUCCUCUAGCGUUCAAGCGAUAGAUGAUUGACUUCAAGAGCAAAAAUUUAUAGAAAGUGAACCACUUUACAAGGGAAAAUAACUAAAAGUCCCUUGAUGAUUUUAAUACG